AGAAGUGCAGAAAAAAUUAAUUUCUGAAGUACUGUAUUAGUUUGUGAAGUUGUAUUUACAUUACUGAUAUUCAUAAUUUUGUAUUUUGUCUCAACCGUUCCGACUCGUCGGUUUGUGUGCAGUACACUGCACUGUCUGCAGAGGUUGGCUGAGAGACAAGACCAGCGACGCCAUCUUCCGCUCUCUUCCUCUCCCUCUUUGAGUAGGCUGUGGAGAUUUGGUGGUUUUUGUGCAAUUGUGAUUUAAUGUAAUUCAUUUGGAGAUAAAUUGGAUGAUUGUCUUUGUGUUGUCAUUAUGAUAACAAGGGAUCAGGUCCGCUGUGAUCUUUUUGGUGCCAAGAGUCAAAUUGUACCUACCAUGGGAAAGAAAAAUCAUCGGUCACCAAAGAAGAUGAGCCCAAACAAAGGAACGCACAAGCCUAGUAAGAGUGUCCUUCUCAAGAAUUCUUCUCCCUCAAAUAAGCGAAAGUCCCCGUCUAAGCAUGCUACUCGUCAGAGUGGACGUCACUCAAAAGGAUCUGCUUUCAGAGAGACUGACAGAAUUGAUCUCACUAGACUCACUUCUCAAGGAUUUAACAAUCUUUUAGAUGGAAUAGAGGACGACGUCAUUGAAAAGACUGAGGAAGAAAAAGCAAAUAAGAAAGAGCUCUUACGCCAAAAGCAAACUGAAGAAGAAUCAACAUUCAUGAAAAUCACAUCUGUUCCGAAUAUUUUUCAUGAACGUCUCGGUAAAGGAAACAAGAGAGAUGAUGUCGGAGAUGAUUGUGAGACAAUAAUCCCCAAGUCCCCAAAGACAUCAUCAGAUAAAUCUCUCAAGAAAUCGGUUCCAUCUCCAGCCAAAUCUUCAGCUAAAUCUCCAGCUAAAUCUCCAGCUAAAUCUCCAGCUAAAUCUCUGUCUGAAUCCCCAUCUAAAUAUUUGUCAGAUAACAAUACAUCUCAACCAUCAAAUACAUCUCCUAAAGGUAUGCCAAAGUUUGAUGUGGUCGUCAACACUGAAAACUCUUCAGAAACCAACAAUGAAAAUUUGGAGGAAACCAGUAAUGAUGGCAAUUUAAAUUCAUCUGAAUUAGACAAAACGAUUCCUAUCUUUUCUUGUAUUGACAUAUCAACCCAAACUGAAUUUUCUUGGUGCCCAUGCCAAAGAUGUUCAGCCUGGCUCUCAGAUUUUCAUUCUAUUACAUCUAAAUACAGGAUGAGAUGUGACGCUGACAAUCCAUUGUCCACACCUCGCUCUUCAAAAUCACUGCCAGGAUUUGCAAGUUCCACUCCAAAUGACAGCAUACCAUCAGUCACCUCUCCUAAAAACAAUUCUGAGAAAUUAGUGUAUCUUGUAAAAGGGUGCCCUCAGGUGCAAAUACCUUUAAGCAAAAAGGCGGCACUUCCCAUCCAGGUUCCUGAUGGCGAUCCUCAAAAAAUGACUGAGUACCUUCUCGAUUGUAUUUUUACCACCGAGCAAUUAGGGGGCAUGACCCAUGAUGGGAAAACAGAGGGCACCAAACCACUGGACCCGAAAAUUUCUUCUGUAUUGCAAGUUUACAUCAGCAAAUCUUAUGAUGAUAAGAUGUUUAACUUUGAUACAAAGUUAUUCAAGAGCUUUGUGAACCAGAAAUGUUACAAGGCUAAAAGGCAUGUCUGGGCUCACGAGCCACAUUUAGUUGGCAAGACUGUUAGAGCCAAGUUACCAAAAUAUGUUAAAAAAACAGAUACAUCACCAACUAAGAAACCAGGAAAGAAGGUAGCUCAAGCCAUCUCUAAAUUUAGGCAUAAUGGAGAUAGAAGAACAGAAGACAGGGAACAACUUAAGAAGAAAUCUAAUCAAUUGCAUCGUAGAGAAUUGGACUCGAGAGACAGGCAAAGAAAACGCUCUGAGAAUAAGCUAGUCGAAGGAAAUUCUGAAGACAGGCAAAGAAAACGCUCUGAGAAUAAGCUAGUCGAAGGAAAUUCUGAAGACAGGAAAAGAAAACACACGGAAGACGAUAAUGAAGAGAGAAAAAGAAAACACAAGGAGAGUGAAUUAGGAGACAGGAAAAGACAACACAAGGAUGAUGGGUUAGAAGAUAGGAAAAGGAAAUACAAGGGAAAUGGGACAGAAGAGAGAAUAAGGGUUAAAACCCAUCAGGACUCAAAGCUGGAUAAUGUAAGAGCAGGUGAGAGGAGUACGAUACGCGACAAGGCUAAAGAGAGUAAGUCCAGAAACCACUAUGAUAAUGAGUCUCACAGAACAGAAGCAGGAUUCUCAAGCAGGAAGAGGAGCGGGUCAGUUGAGAAGAGAUCCAGAAACCCUCAGGAAGAUGAAAUGAGAAGCAGAAAAAAGAAUGAGAAUUAUACUAAUUUUAGAAGAGAAUCAAAAAGUGGUGGAGACAGGUCUAAAGAGAAGCAGAAUUUAUCUAAAGUGAGUGAGUCUUCAAAAGAUUAUUCUAGUGAAUCUGAGAUGGGAUCAUAUAAUGACGAGUAUCCGUCUGGAAGUGGAUAUGAGUCUGCUGAAGUGUUUCAUCCAGACGUUGGUCAGAAGAGGCCCAAAUCUAAAUAUUUACCAGAAAAUUUUAAUGUGAACAAUAGUGACACUGCCAGCCAAGAAUCCGACUACUGAAAUGUCAAGACCUUAUUUUGGUUGUCUAGAUUAUACUUUGAUUUUUCAUUUUCACAUGGAGAAGCAUUUUUAGUUUACCUGUAAUCAUGUGAGUGUAUUCUUUUUGAUGUUCUAUUUUUUAAACAAAUUCCGCUUUUAAUUGUUUUAUAUCAUACUCACUUGCAAGUAUGCAAUUAAAACUGCAGGCUUUUUCAAUCUGUCUGUGGCUAAUUAUUUUAUGUCAUGUCAUUU